GUGACUCCGAGCUCCAGCAGCUCAGAAUCUACAUCGGGUUGGAAGUAGGGUCAUAAUUGUUGCGUUUUAUAUCAUUUCACAUUCUGGAACAGGUGAUUGGUUUUUAUUUCUGGAAGAAUAAUGGGUAAUAUUCAACCUCUCCAUGGAUCUGAUAUCACACCUAGCCCUUUGAAAGAUACGGUAUUCGAUCCAGAAUUUGGUUUCCCAAAUGGACGGAAAGAAAGAGAAAUGAUUGCAACUGUAGAAGAAAUGAACUCUGCGAAGUUAGCAAUGAAAGACCGUGACUACUGUGCUCAUCUAUUAUUGAAAUUCCGAGCUUGCCGUGCAGAUGUUUACCCGUUUGUUGUGAAGUGUGCUCACGAAAAACAUGCAUAUUUGACCUGUGAAUAUGAAGAUUACGUGCUUAGAAUGAAGGAGUUCGAGCGGGAACGACGACUUCUUGCACGCAAGAAGAGAAUUGAAGCCAAACUUCACCAAGAAGUUGGUGCAUGAGUUGUUAAAGAUGGAUAAUUGUAGAUAUUUUAUUGAAUUUUCUUCUGCAGAAGUAAACUAUUGUGUGGAACAUCAUUUGUAGUGAAUGUGUGAACAUUAUGUCAAAAUGUCAGUGUUUGCUUUUCAUCAUGAUGCUGUUGUAAAUAAGGUUGAAUAAAUAAUGGUGUCUUGUAUUUAAUACAUUUCACAUUAUUAUAUGUUUUUCUAUUUU